AUGGUCACACGCACCAUUCCUCAAUAUCGUCAAGAUUCGGGCCACCCAGUCAGACAAUACAUUCAUCAAGAGCCUAUAAGCGCUUGGAUCAAUGACGUCUCGCCCAACUCUCUAUCGCCAGACGUACCUCGUCCUUUUGCCGAAACUCAUCGCGACUCUACUGGGUCUUCCGUCUACUCGAUUCCCGAUCAUCCCAUCCCUCAGGCUCCACGAGUCCCCCAACAAGUUGCUAGGCCGAUAUAUCAACCAAAUCGCCGCNCCCCAUUGGGUCCUCCUCCUUCAGCGCGCAAAGGUCCUGCAUCGUACUAUCCGCAAACAAACCAUGUCGCGCCGAUUUUGGAGGAAACAGACAGUCAACGAGGAUUGCGCGACUCGAAGAGUUCUUUUGCUUCUAGCAAUGCGAUUCCUAUUGGCAUCUCGAAGCAUCUUGCCGACCAGCAUGACAUGCGUCAAGACAAGCAAUCUCCUUUUCAAGAUCAAUACGAAGAUUCUGACGAUAGUGAGCCCGAACAGAUGAUGCGCCCUAUUCCUGUUCGUCAGGCUAGCAUCGGUCGCAAAUCGACACCAGUCUUGACCACGAUAAAAAAUGGCGAUCUACGACCAGAUAGUCAGACUCGACCCCUGGAUCAUUCUCGCCAUGGUGCUGAAGAUGAUAAACGUCAAGCUCUAGACAUGAACUAUCCUAUGGUUGACAUGUCUCCUGAUGAACGCUCCGAAAAGUCUUUUCCUCAAUUGUCUACACGAACUAGCAGCUCCGAUAUUCUCGGCAGAGACGCAAUGGUACAUGUCAAGUCGAUUGGAGAAAAGUCUAUAAUCUCUUCUUUACAAGUGUCCGAAAAGAAGGACAUUCACGACUUGGAGAAACAAACGACACUUGGCGAGCGAGUGGGUUCCAAGCGGCCACCAAGGCUCAAUGUUGAUGCCGUUCGGGAAGCAGAAGCUCGUGGCAGUCUUACCAGUCUCUCAGACCUUAUUCGUAGAGCUACCAAAGUUGCGUCCAACCUCGAUCGCGGCCGGACUGCGAGCAGACUUGGUCUCAACUUUNUUGAUGACGAUGCGCAACAAGCACAUGCUUCGGACAGUAGGAGAUCUGGUUCACUUUCAGAUAUUCUCGCUUCAUUCNCCCCACCAGGACUUGCCACUCCCACUGGAUCCAGGGGUUCCAGAGCAAUGCCAUGGUCUUCAAACUUACAACACAGCUCUCUUCCUUCGGCAAGUGAUCUUGGCGAAGAGCCUGAGCGAAAAAGAAGAUGCUGUGGUAUGCCAUUGUGGCUCUUCUUUACACUACUCUUGCUCAUGGUAAUGCUCAUUGCUGCUGCUGUCAUAAUCCCAAUAGUUCUCGUCGUCAUCCCUCAGCAAAACGAUGCUUCCGGCAGUGCCUCGGCCUCUGCGCUUGCCACAUGCCAAAAGUCUCUAGACUGCAACAAUGGUGGCAUCAAUAUAUUGGGUAGCGACGGCAGCUGCAGCUGUUUGUGCGUUAAUGGAUUCGCAGGUUCUGAAUGCACCCAGCCAUCGAGUGCUUCUUGCACCACCACCACCAUCGGCAGCUACAUGACAAAUGUAACGCUCGGGAGUUCUAUUCCACGUCUCUUCACUGGCUCAGCAGCCAACUUCAGCAUUCCACUCAAUGCUACCAAUAUCUUGGGCCUUNUUGCUUCAUCCAAGCUCACAUGCACCUCGGAGAAUGCAUUGGUCACAUUCAACGGCCUUUCUGCUCGCUCCGUUCAAGAGGACAUGCCUGAGAUCAAACCUUCUCCAACCAAGGUGCUAAUGGGACGUGGAGAUGCUACAUCUGUUUCUGGAGCUGCCGUCACUAGCAAUGGUAUCGUCUUUGCAAGUGGAUCACCAAGCGAUUCACCAUCCUCAUCGACAUCUUCGAGCUUUGAUGCUACUACAUCCCCAUUGACGUCCUCUUCAUCUGCAUUGUCCGAUUCGACAACGCUCGACUUUGCUAGGAUUGCCAUACUCUUUGUCUUCCAGCAGUCGGGCCAAUUGAACAAUGCGAUCGCUGCCCAGGAGAACCUCCAAAACUACUUCACCUCUGGAACGACAAGUACUGGACAACAGAUUGAUGCUUCAAAUAUCGAUCUUGGUGCUGACAUGAGUGCAAAUCUCCAAACCCACUCUGUCACAUUAGCUAACGGCACGGUAAUCGGUGGCUAA